GUAGGAAAUACUACCAACAGAGUCAACUAGAAAGCCAUCCGGAUGCAGAAAAUGUAAUUUAAUGUCCAUUUAGAGCGAUAAGUUAGAAAAUCAGGAGACCAGAAUACCGUGUAAGGAUGCAGUGAGUUCAGAUGAUAGUAACACAAACUGUAUGUUCCUGUGCAACGUGAGGAAUAAUGGUGUAGAGGAGGUGUUGUUUAGAUCAAUCAUGUGGGGAAGAUCUCUGAGUGCAGGCUACAGAUGCUUUGGGUGCAGGAGAAUUGGACUAAAGGGGAUUUGGGGCACUCAUGCAGUGCGCACCUGCAGCGCUCCAGCCUUACCUGCAGGCAGGAUCACGGCGCUCCAGGCAGUGGAUUUUUGGAAGAGACACUUUGAGGAGAGAGGUGUGACGGAGCCUGACCAAUCCAGCCAAUACAUUAUUGCUUAUCUGCUCGGGGCUAAAACUAUAGAAAGUCUUGAGCAGAGGACGUUAACAGAGUUUCUCAGCCAAGAAAAAACUGAGCAGAUAUGGAAACUCUGCUCCAGACGCCUAUCAAGGAUGCCUGUGCAGUUUGUGAUUGAGGAGUGGGACUUCAGAGAUCUGACUUUGAGGAUGCGACCUCCCGUGUUCAUACCAAGACCUGAAACUGAGGAGUUGGUUGAACUGGUGCUCACUGAUCUGGAGAUGAAGUUGGGAACUGGAGUGGGUGCAGACGCCCAGCAUACAUGCUUGGAGGUGGGAUGUGGCUCUGGUGCCAUUUCUCUCAGUCUGCUGAAGAGUCUGCCUCAGCUUAAAGCCAUUGCUGUGGAUCAAAGCCAGGAUGCGGUGGAUUUAACAAGAGAAAAUGCAUUAAGGUUGGGGCUUCAGGACAGAUUGGAGAUUCAUCAUAUAGAUGUAAUGAAAGAUGCAGAAACUGUGUUGAGCCUCUGCAGCCAUGUCUCAGUUUUGGUCAGUAACCCUCCGUACCUGUUCUCUGAGGAUAUGACAACGUUGGAACCUGAAAUAUUUAGGUUUGAAGAACAUGCAGCUUUAGAUGGGGGUGAAGAUGGUCUAACAGUGAUCAAACAGAUUUUGACUCUGGCUCCACAGAUUCUAUCAAAUCAUGGCCGUGUUUACUUGGAGGUGGAUCCCAGACAACCCCCGCUCAUUCGCCGGUGGGUGGAGGCGAAUGUGGAAAAGAUGCAUUGUGUGGAAACACGGCACGACAUCACCGGCAGGCCGCGAUUCUGCAUCCUUCAGAAAGAGGAGUCAAACAAGAACCACAAGCUGGAUCUGGAUUGAGAAACUGAGAUCCUAUUACGUUGGCUUCAGCCCAGGUCGUCACAGCCUCAGCUCCCCUACCCCCACUGAGCCGCGGCGCGCGCGCUUACACCGACCUGAUCAUUUAAAAUUCACAGUUUGCAGAAAUCAUUUUCAUGUCACUGUUGCACGUUUAAUCCGGUAACAUUUGUGAUCACAUCCUGCGGCACAACAGGAAAAAAAAGUGUUCUAGAUGGCACAAUAGCAGGCUCAAAGCUGAAGGUAAUUACUGAGGCUUUUCUUAGAACCCUCCCUCUCAGAAUCUCACCCUCCUCCCAGGAAGCAUUCAGUAGUUCUGUGAAUCCGCUGAUGAACGGUCCUCCCCUUCGCCCGUCUACACGCUGACUCAGAUGCAGGCUGUACGCAUUGUUGAGCAAAAAACACACACACAUGCACAAUGUGGCCUUUAGUUCCCCACACAAUCUGCGUUCCUCACACACUUAGAGCUCAAAGGCCACAAAGUCUUUGUGUCUCAGAGGUGAUUCGAAGCCGAAAAUAUUUCGUAACAAGUGUCACA